CACACGUCCGCUAUCGCAGCGACUUUCCUCAUGCAUCCACGAAUACGCUCCCAAGCUGCAUGCGACACCUGCCGACUCCGCAAGACACGAUGCGUCAAGAAAAACAACGAAGAGCUUUGCGUGCUCUGCUCGUUCCACGGGUUGAGGUGUACCUUUGAACGUGGACCCGCUCGGAAGCCGCGACAACGGCGAAGACCACCUGACCGCGCUGGCCAUAUCAGCGAAGCACACGAACAGCCUGCUAAAACACGGGAUGCGGAAGAUGCGGCUCCUCAAUCGCCUGACUCCGUACGCACAUCGUAUUCAUACGAGGAGGACGAGGUGCGCGUCAGUACCUGUCCUGCGGGGGCCUAUCCCAGCAUACUGAACGACACGCUCGGCCUCGAUCCUGUGAACAAUGCGGAAUAUAUAGGUUCGAGUGACUACCGCGACCCAAUCCUCCUUGAUCUGCGGUCACCCCAUCCUGCAAGUGCCAACUUUGUGCGGCGCAUGGACGACCGCACACUGUUUGUAGUGCAUCCCGACACAUCAGAAGACCGGAGGACCUCCGACCUCGACGCAAUCGAAGCUGCCGUGCAACCGAUGGGCCACAGGCUAGUCCGUCUUUACUUUCAAUUCGUACACCCUAGUUUCCCUAUCCUCCACAAGGACGUCUUUAUUGCAAAACACCAGACCUCGCACCGACAGUUUGCCCCAUCCUUACUCGCAGCGGUAUAUCUGCUUGCCCUGGACUGGCAGAUCCACGAUAGUGUGCUGGAGAAUUGGAGUGCUAAGCAGACAGUGGAUGUGGCCCUGCUCGAGAGGAUGGCCAACGUAGCGCUCCAGGAAGAGAUGCACAGCCCUAAGCUCAGCACCCUAGAGGCUGGGCUGCUACUCCUUCAGAGGAGUCGGCUCGACUCCUCAGGGCGGCCGGCAUCAUCGGUCUGGAAACUCCACGCUCAGCUUGUAGCCAUUUCAUACGAUCUGGGACUUCACGUUAACUGCGAAUCCUGGUCCAUCCCUGUGUGGGAGGCCGGGCUACGCCGUCGGCUAAGCUGGGCACUGUAUAUGCAGGACAGGUGGACUGCUUUUGUGCAUGGCCGACCGAUGCUACUUUCCGAAGAUGACUGGGAUCUCAGCCCUUGCUCUUCGUCGGACUUCCCGGAGCACGACAAAAGUGAGGGCUUGGGCCUGGGCGCCGUAGCGGCACAUAUAGGCUGGCAGCUAUUCCUCUCACAUAUAGAGCUCUCACAGAUCCUUGACGACGUAAACAGGACUUACUACGUAGCGACCGCGCAGAGGCGGGAUGGGACGUUGGACAAGAUGGGCGUGCUCGCGGCCGUUGAUCUCGCGCAACCUAUCUUACGGAGACUUUCGCAGUGGAAAACUUCGCUCCCAGAUGUCCUGGCAUUUUCCCCGACGCGCGAUCGGUCCGUGUGUGCAAGUGCCUCGCUCCACCUCGCAUAUCAUACUGUCGUUGUGCUAUUGUACCGGGCGCUUGUACGAAUUCUGACACCGCAAGCGCCUCCAUCUCUACAUACUGCGGUCCGCAGCGCCGCCAGGAAAAAUCUCGAAGCAGCUAUCCACCUGCUCAUGUCCCUGGGGCCGGAGCACACUGCGGCCUUCUGGGGCGGUGUUGCAUCGUAUCAGGUAGGUAUGAUUGGGUCCUUUGCAGGGUUACUUUGGGCGACGGCAGAGGACGGUGAGGAGAUGACAUGGUGCGUUAUGCGCGUGGACGACCUCAAGUGGGCGUUGCAGAUACGUGGGUCUGCGGCGCCAUUUGCACGGAAAGCUUUACAGUUACUAGAAAGCGAGGUAGGGAGUCUUGUGAAGCCAAACCCCGAAUCAUAGG